UUUUUUUACAAAAAUUUUUUAGAGGGCGUUGAACAGUAAGUUGCAUCGGGGCGCCUGGUCCCUUAGAGCCGGCCCUGGAAGCACGAGUUGAAUGUGCUGCUUCGGUUUCACGAGCCAUAUCUUCGAUUAUUAUUAAUCAUAUCACGAGUUAUAUUCAACAUGAAAAUAUAAUGAAUACACACAUUUUUUGAUAAUAGAAUUGAUUUCGUCGGUUUGAGCUUGCUCCCAACGUUGGCAAGCCAUAAUAGACAAAAAAAUGUAUGAAAUUCUAAAAUUUGUCGAAGUUGACAGUUUUUAAAUUUAGGUAGCAACAGACCACAAUAAGGUAAUAAAAUUAUUAUCGCUGUGAUAGCCAUGUAACUAAAGGCAUGAAUAAAUUCAAUUGGAAGAAAUGGGAUCAUGUGAUCCAUGAAUUAUAUUCUCACCUUAAUAAAAAUACAAAUGACAAAUCGUGCCAUAAUCUGAAAUCGUUCCGUAAUGUGGCAGAUUAUUGUUACAAGUGUAAUUGGCAUCCCUGCCAUUUAGUGAGAAUUAGUUAAGUUGGCAAUGACCAAGAUUAAUGUACUGUGUAUUUUGUUACCUGUAGAAUGUUACACGUAGUUUAGUUUUAUUAAAGAUAUAAUUGAAACAAGCCUCUUUCUUAUAACAAAUGAAACAUGGUGUCAGUGUGGGAUUAAUAAUAAUGGAUUAUUAGGAAAACGAUCAGCCACCUAAACAAAUACAACAGAUGGAUGUAUCGUAAGUGCAAGUUCCCAAAUUGAGGUUAGGAUAACCACGUGCAAAUUCAAAUACUGCAAAUUCACAAAAAUCCAAGUCAUCUGAAGAAAGUAACAAUAAAUACUAACAUGGCACAAGAAAUGGGAAUGUUUCGAAGGCCCCCAGAGUUGGAUUUUUCAACAAACGUAUCGUUCAAAUGGGAUUUAUGGAAACAACAAUUUGAACUUUUCCUAAUGGCUAUUUCGAAAGAGGACGAGACAGAAAAAAGGAAAAUAGCGAUCUUUCUCAACGUAGUAGGGGAAGAAGGAGUAAAAAUUUACAAUUCCUAUAAAUUAGGUGAGCAAGCAGACUUAACUCUCGCAAUUGUUUUAAAUAAGUUCGGAGACCAUUGCAAACCGAGAAGAAAUGUGAUCUACAAGAGGUACUGUUUCCUGAAAAUAAGACAAAAGGAAGGACAGAGCUUUGAUGCCUACGUAACUGAAUUAAAAAAUGCAGCGAUGAAAUGUGAGUAUGGCGACCAACAAGACUCAAUAAUUAGAGAUCAAAUUAUAUUUAACGUAAGAGAAACACGGCUACAGGAACAACUAAUUAACGAAAAAGAUAUUACGUUAGAGAAAACACUAGAAAAGUGCAGAAGUGCCGAAAUAAGUAAAUUCCAAAUCAACGAGUUUUCCAAGGGAAAUCAGCAUCCAAUGGCAAAUGUGUCAGCGAUCAACAAGAAAAAACAACCAAUGAAGCAGAUGAAAACUGGGAAACCAACUACGAAAAUAAUAAAUAAUUGUAGAAAUUGUGGACAAGUAAGUCACCCAGUAAACAAAUGUCCAGCGUUCAAUCAAACAUGUAGGAAAUGUAAGAAGCCAAACCACUUCGCAAAAGUGUGCAGAAGCAAAACCAACAGCAACUAUAGCGUCCACGAAAUAGAAGAUGAAGAGGUUAAUAUGAGCAGUCUGCAAGUUCUAAAUCUAAAGAUCGAGGGAAUCACUGCGGAAGAAAACACUUGGUACGAAGAAGUAGAAAUUCAAGGUCAAAAAUUAAAUUGCAAAAUUGAUACUGGUGCUCAAGUAUCAGUACUUCCGUAUAAUGACUUCAAAUCACUGAACACGAAGAAGAAAUUGCAGCCUACAAAUGUCACACUAGUAGCGUAUGGAAAUAAAAACUUCAAAAUUACUCCAGUUGGACAAGUGACACUGAAACUGAAAGUUGGAAAUCAAAUAGCAGAAGUUAAUUUCGUUGUCGUUAACCCUAGUUCUGGUGCUAUUCUUGGGUUACAAGAUUGUCUAAAAUUGCAAUUAAUUUCCAGAUCAACCAAAGUAAAUGAGCCACAGAAGUACAUUCACGAGUUAACAAUGGAAAUGGUUACUGAAAAAUACAAAUCAAUCUUCAAUGGUAUUGGAAAAAUUCCAGGAACACAUCACAUCACUGUAAGCUCAGAAGUCAAGCCAGUAAUUAAUCCACCAAGACUGGUCCCUUUAAGUCUACAUACAAGAUUGAAAACAACUUUGGAAAAAUUCAGCAAAGAAGGAAUCGUCAGCAAAGUCAGCAAACCAACGAAAUGGGUGAAUAAUUUGGUAAUCAUCGAGAAACCAAAUGGUGAACUACGCCUGUGCCUUGAUCCAAAAGAUCUGAACACUGCAAUUCAGAGGGAAAUAUAUCAAAUUCAAACACCGGAAACCAUCAUUGCACAACUAAGCAACAAAGAAUAUUUUUCCGUCUUCGACAUGUGUCAAGGGUUUUGGCAAAUUGUUUUGGAUGAAGAAAGCUCCGAGUUAUGUACGUUCAAUACACCUUUUGGUCGAUAUAAAUUCAAUCGUCUUCCAUUUGGUCUAAAAUCCAGUCCAGAGGUAUUCCAAAAGAAAAAUGAAGAAAUGUUUGGAGAUAUCCCAGGAGUACACGUGUACUUUGAUGACAUUAUAAUCUCAGGUGAAGAUGAAAGAGCGCAUGAUCGUAAUUUGCAAUUGUUUUUAAAUAGAGCAGCUCAAAACAAUGUUAAAUUAAAUUCAACCAAAGUUCAAUUUAAAGUAAAAACUAUUCGUUAUUGUGGUCACAUUAUUAGUAAAAAUAGUGUAGCAAUGGAUUCAAAAUUCACUAAAGCAAUUACUGAACUUCAAAUUCCUAAAGACAAAAAACAUUUGUUAAAAUUUCUUGGUAUGCUUAAGUAUCUAAGUAAAUUCAUACCGAAUAUGUCCCAAAUUUCAGCUCCAUUGCGUGAAUUAACUAAAGAAAAUACACCAUUUCAAUGGGAUGAAAUUCACACAGAAAGUUUCAAUAAACUAAAAGCUAUUAUAGCCAAACCACCAACAUUAGGUAUAUUUACUAGUAAUCAACAACUAAAAAUACAAACUGAUGCCUCAAAAGAUGGAGUAGGUGCAGUUUUAUUGUCCAAUAAUCAGCCCAUAGCAUUUGCAUCUGCAGCUUUAAGUUCUAACAAACAAAAUUGGGCACAAAUUGAAAAGGAAAUGUAUGCUAUUGAAUUUGCUUGUAAAAAAUUUCAUUAUUAUACCUAUGGUAGACAUGUUAUUGUUAAUUCUGAUCACAAACCAUUAGAGUCAAUUUUCAAAAAAGGAAUAAACCAAAUUUCUGCUAGGCUACAACGCAUGCGAUUACAAUUGCUCAAAUACGAAAUAACUGUUGAAUAUUUGCAGGGUUCACAAAUGUUUGUUGCAGAUUAUUUAUCCAGAUCGUUUUUAAAUGAGAUAGAACCUGAUAGUGUAGAUUUUACAGUUCACACACUACAAAAGGAAAUUGUAAUUUCAGAUGAAAAGCAGAACCAAAUUAAAGAAGAAACAAAAAAUGAUCAAGAUCUAAAACAAAUUUUACAUUUUUAUGAACAUGGUUGGCCUAAUAAUGUUAAACAAUAUUCAAAGGUAGUUAAACAUUUUUGGAAAAUUAAACAUGACAUUACAGUUAAUAAUGGUAUUAUAUAUUUUAAUGAACGAAUUGUAGUUCCUCAAUCGUUCCAAAGUUAUAUGUUAAAAAUUUUACACGAAACCCAUCUAGGUAUAGAAAAAACCAAAGCUAGAGCUAGAGAAGUAUUGUAUUGGUUAGGCAUGUGUAAAGACAUAUAUGAAUAUAUAUCAGGCUGUGAAAUGUGUGAGAAGUUUAAUAGAAAUCCGCAAAAGGAACCUCUUAGGUCGUAUGAAUGUCCAACGCGACCAUGGUUUCGAAUUUCAGCUGAUAUAGCUUAUUAUGCUGGUAAUGAGUAUCUUGUUGUGAUUGACUCAUAUAGUAAAUGGAUUGAAUUGAAAAAGUUGAAAUAUAAAGAUUCUUAUGAGUUAAUCAAGCAUUUUAAAGAAAUUUUUUCACGACAAGAAAUUUCGCGAAUCAGUGGAAUUUUAAAGUCAUUACUACUAGCCCAAAUUAUCCGCAAUCUAACGGACUAGCUGAGAAAGGUGUAGGAAUAGUAAAAAAUUUGUUUCGAAAAAAUACUGAUAUAGACUUAGCAUUGUUAGAGUAUAGGACAACACCAAUUG